UUCUUUGUUGCUCCGGGGGACUAAGGUUUGUGUUUUUCUCUCUGGAUUCAGAAGCCUCAAAAGAUCAAUCAUUGAUCCACCUACUACCUGGCAGACAUUGGUUUGGGGGUUGGGGACUCAGUGGACCUGUAUGUAGAUUUGGGGAGUCAGAAAGACGGGUGGUGGGGGUUUCCAGCCCUCAUUUUCCCAUUUCCCAGGUGCAUCCUGAUCUAGGACAGGGUAGUUAACUUCUCUGACCUUAGUUUCCGGAUCUCCAAAACAGUCACCAGGAAACACCCCAUCACAGGGAAGCCAUGUGAAUGACAUGAGAAUAUGAACUUAAAUACUCCAUAUACCACUUGCACAUAGUAAAUGAUCCGUUAACGUGAGAUUUCUUUUUUUUUUUUAAUCACACCCAACAUCGGAACUCUGGAAUCAGACUACUCAAGUUCAGAUUCUGCUCUGUGACUUGAUAAACUCACCCUAGGCAAAUGUCUUUACUUCUCUGUGCCCCAGUUGCUUCAGCUGUAAAAUGGGAACGGCACCAGUGUCUGGGACACAGGGUUAAUGCAGGAAUUAAGGCAGCUGCUACAGGUAUGGCUUCUGGAAAAGGAAGUGAGCUGACGGAUAGUAUCAACAACAGUCUCACUUAUAUCACCUGUUGUUGGGACACUUGGAAGCCAGCCGUCUGCGUGAAGAUAUUUGCAUGCGUCAGCUUCACCCCUGGCUUUUCCCUGGAGUUGCAAGGGAAGCCACAGCAGGUCUCUGGCCGGGGAGGGAUCCAAUUCCUUGUGCCUCUGGCUGAGAUGCUGCUCUAGUGUCAUUCACCGAAGGUGCUCUGCGACUUGGGGCUGGUGACAUGUGCAGCCAUGACCUGGGUUUUUCGUCUCCACCUGCCCCUUGAUUCUCUCCCCUGGGAAGCUCUGCUUUCAAGAACUGAGGGACUUCAUCCAGCGUGAGCCAGUUUCACAUACUAUAUUUAGACAGACAAUCCAUAGAAAGGGAGUCGUUUAGUCGCUCAGUCCUGACCGACUCUUUUGCAACCCCAUGGACUGUAGCCCACCAGGCUCCUCUGUCCAUGGAAUUUCCCAGGCAAGAAUACUGGAGUGGGUUGCCAUUUCCUCCCCCAGGGGAUCUUCCUGACCCAGGGAUCGAACCCAGGUCUCUUGUAUCUCCUCCAUUGCAGGCAGAUUGUUUACCUGCUGAACCAUCUACUACCUAAACUCAGGCUGGGCUGUCAUAAUCUGGAGGCCAGGAUUUACUCCAUUUCCUGUCCAUGGCCACUUCCAGACCCUGAAUCCGCCAAGAUGCUCAAGAGCCCAAAUCCUUUCUGUCUGGAUCCCCUAUGUCCUGAAUUCACGCAUUCAUUCAAUCAUGUGUUUACUCAGCCAGUAUUUACUGAGUGUCUACUGUAUGCCAGGAACUGUCCUCAGCAUCAGGAGACAACUGAGAACUCACAAGAAUUCGUGUCCCUUUAGUCCUGAUAUUCUGGUUGUUGAGCACCCGCAAAUAUGUAAAAUGUAUAGUUAUUUCAGAUGAUGACAAAUACCAUGGAGGAAAACAAGCAGCAAAGUGGAAUAUGAAGCGCUGGAUGCCAUGGGAGCUUGCAGUUUUAAGUAGAGCACCAGGGAAGGCCUCAUGAAAAGGUGAUGCUUGAGCAGGACCAGAGGGAAGCAGGGUUGGGGUCGCUGAAAUGGAGGGAAAGGGCUUUCCCAGCAGAGGUGAGACCUGGUAAAAAGCCUUGACUUGAGACGGGCAUGGAGUGAGGAGGAACCUCAAGGAGGCUGGUGCAGCAGGAGCUCAGUGAGAGGAGGCAGGUCCUAUAGGGCCUUGAAGGUCACUGUCAGGACUUUGGCUUUUUUCACAGAGAAAGAUGAGCCUUGGAGGGCUCUGAGCAGAAUAAUGUGGCCUGACUUGGACUAUCAUAGGAUCUCUCUGGCUGCUCUAGAGCAUUAAAUAAAGUUCAAAUGUAUCUGACACAGUCCUUGGAAUGGGAUGUGGAGAUACUGCUGUGGAUCUUGACUCAGUCUUUCAUUCACUCAGUAGAAGCUUUAAUUGGCCCAUCUUAGGUUUCAGGGUGGGGCUGAGGCCUAGAGACACGGAGACAGUAAGUCUCUGUUCUCAUCAUGUCCUGUUUAAUAAGGAAAACACUUCAAUUUCACGAUUACUUAAGCAAAUGCAGAAGAAAGCAGAAUUGGCUGGAAGAGAAAAAUAUGACUUGGAAAGUUGAGGAAGAUGUACAGGAAUUAGAGUCUCUGUCAAACUAGCUUAACCAGAAAAAAAAAAAAAAACAUAUUUAUUUAUUGGUCUGGGAAAAAUCCACAGCUUCAGGCAUGGGUGGAUCUAGGAGCUCAGGCAGUGUAGUCAGGAUUCCCUGCUAGGGAAAGAUGACCCUCAGCUGCUCCAGGCAGAUAAACUACCAGCUCAGAACCCCAAAUAAGCAACCACCCUGGGCUGGACUGUCUCUCACUGGCUCAGGGUCAGCCACGUGGCAUUCACCACUGCCCAAGGCGGGAGAACCUGCUAGGUAGUCAGAUCUGGGUCACAGACACAACGUCUGGAGCUCGGUGAUGGGGGCUGGAGGUGGGGAGGUCAAGUCCACCCAGAUCCAGAGACUGAGGGAUGAAGACAGGAGAGGUGAAGGCAGCUCCCCACAGAGCACAGGGGACUGAGGCCAAAUCACAGAUGUGUAUUACCAGAGCCCCUCAGGGAGGUGAAGGCAGCUCCCCACAGAGCACAGGGGACUGAGGCCAGAUCACAGAUGUGUAUUACCAGAGCCCCUCAGGGAGGUGAACUGGGACUGAGGAGGAUGAGUGAGCAUUUGGGGAACAGAGGUCGGGAAGAGAGGAACCAGGUCGUGUAGAGGGCAGAGCAGCAUGAAACUCUAGGAUGUGUGCUGGAAACAAGUGUUUGCAGGGUGUGUUGGAGGGGUGGGGGUAGGGGUGGAGAGGAGAGGUGGCCAAGGAGGUAGGCUGGGGCCACCAGCUCGUGCAGGGACUGGGAGGUCAUGCUAAUGAGUUAGGUCUUAAUAGAGCAGGUGGUGGGAGCCUUGGAAAGCUUAAAUACAUGGGUUUGGGAGUCAGAUGGGACAGCGUUUGAGUCCUGAUCCUGUUGCUUCCCAGCUGUGAGAACACUUUGUUUCUCACAGAACACUUAGAAUCUGAGACUUAGUUUCCCCAUCUGUCAAGUGGGGGUAAUGGGAGCAGUACCACCUAAAGUCGUCACCAAGGUGACUUGAGAGAAGGCACCUGGAGUCUUUGCAGAGAGGAGACACUCUGUCAGCGACACUUGUUAUUAUUACUGUUUGAUCUUCCUUUGUUGUUGUUGUUCUGCUCUUACCACUGAGACCUGAGUCUGUCCUUCAGCAUUUUCCAGUGGAACCUGUGGACGGUUAGCUUUGCCCCUGGGCCCUUUGGCUGGGUUCCCAUUCACCUCCAGAAGAACCCAGGACAUGGCAGAAAAGUUCUGUGUUUGCAUGGGAUUGCCUCACAUUGCCUCACUGCCUGGAUGAACCUUCCCUUCUGGCAGUGAACUCUAGAAACUGAGGGAGGUGGGGCAGAAGUGGGGGACAAGGGGCAGGACCUGGGCAGCAUGGUCCCCCCAGGGUGUUGGUUGAUGGUCAUGAAGAGGAAGGACUAGGCCAGCCAGGGAAUGGUAGGGGGUUGUUUCCUGGGGGGCAGAGGUGAUGUGGAGAAAAAUGAGCUGGGUGGGGGGAAGUGAUUCCUCCACCCAUGAAAGUCCUCUCCCCGCCCCUGCACAAAAAUUGCCUAACAUAGAUGGGGUGAGGCAGAAGUGAGAAAACAGUGAAAUCUUAUUCUGCCAAGGUUUUAUACUGGAAUGCCUAAGGGUACAGACUGUGGAACCAGACUGCCAGGCUUUGAAUCUCAACAAGCUACUUACCAUUAAUACUCUUCAUCUUAGGCAAGUCAUUUCAUGUCUCUGAUAAUCAGUUUGUAUGUGUGUGCUCAGCUGCUCAGCGAUGUCCUACUCUUUGUGACCCCAUGGACUUUAGCCCACCAGGCUCUUCCGUCCAUGGGGAUUCUCCAGGCAAGAAUACUGUAAUGGGCUGCCAUUCACUGCUCCAGGGGACCUUCCCAAUCAAACCCAGGUCUCUUGCAUCUCCUGCAUUGGCAGGCAGAUUCUUUACCAUUAGCACCACCUGAGAAGCAUGGCGAUCAGUUUACUCCUUCAUAAAUAAUACAAAAGCCCACCUCAUAAAGUUGUGAGAAUUAAAUGAGCUAGUCCACUAAAAGGGCUCAAAGCAGUGCCUGGUCCAGAGCAAAUACUCCAUAAAUCUGACUACAAUGUUACAAAUGUUCUUGUCAGGUCCAGGGUAGGGGGUGGGUGAGACAGAUAUGUCUGGAUUACUCUAGAUGCUUCCAGAAAUAUUUGUUUAAAUAUGCGAAUUAAAAAUUAAGAGCAACCUGUUUAGCUACUCUCCCAGUACAGUAGUUGCUGGCCACAUGUGGCUAUUGUUACACUUAAUUAAAAUUAAAUAAAAUUAAAACCGCAGUUCCUCAGUUACACUGGCCACAUUUUAAGAGUUCGAUUUAAAAAAAAAAAAGUGCCUAGAGUCCACUGAAAGUGAAAUUUGUCAGUGUCCUCCUGAUCUGGCCCCUGCCUACCUCUCCUACCUCAUCACCCAUUACUCUCACUUACUGAUCUCCAGCCACUCCGGCCUCCUUGCUCAAUAGGCCAUGAUUAAAAGCCUGAACGCUCUAGUCACAUCAACGUUGCCACUUACUUGCUGUGUGAGCAUGAAAAAGUUUACCUCUCUGUGCCUUGGAGGAUGAUGGUAAUAAUAGUAGAGUUUAAGGUUGUUGUAAGAAUUAAAUGAAUAAAUCCAUGUAAAACCCUUAAAACAGAGCCUGGUACUUAGUACCAUAGGAGUAUUAGCUAUUAAUAGUUAUUUUUCAAACAUGCCCCAAACUGUCCAGCUUCAGAGCCUUUGUUUCUGCUAUUCCCUUGUCUAGAAUGUUCUUCUCCCAUACUUGACAUGACUUUCACCCUCACUUCAUUCAGAUCUCUGCUCCAGUUUUCCCUCUUCAGAGAUGCCUUAGCUGUCUGGCUACCCUAUUUAAAACAGAACCCCUCCAUCGCUCUCAACCCCCUUUCAGCUCAGCCCAAUCGCUCAAUCGUGUCCAACUCCUUGCGACCCCAUGGUCUGCAGCACGCCAGGCUUCCCUGUUCAUCACCAACUCCCAGAGCUUGCUCAAACGCAUGUCCAUCGUGUUGGUGAUGCCAUCCAGCCAUCUCUUCCUCUGUCGUCCCCUUCUCCCCCUGCCUUCAGUCUUUCCCGGCAUUACCUGCUCUUUUUUUUUUUUUUUUAAUGACACCUAUCACCUAUUCAUUUAUUAUCUGCCUUUUUCUACUAGAAUGUCAGGUCCUUGAAAACACCACUGUAUUGCCAGCCCCAAGAACACAGCCUAGUGUGCUGUAGAUGCCAGAUAAUUUUUUUGACUGAUUGGAUGGAUGAAUGAAUGGAUGGGUGUGUGUGUGUAUCUGGGUAAAUAGUGAAUAGAAUACAAUGACGGGUGGAUGAAUAUAUUUUUGGAUAAAUGGAUGGAUGUUUGGGUGAUUUAAGGGGUAGAUGAGUGGACCAAUGAAUGGAAGAAUAUGUGGUGGAUGAAGCAGGUGGGUGGAUGGAGGAGUGGAUGAUGAAGGGAUGGGUAAAUUGAUCAAUAACUGGAUGAACAGAUGGAGUGGAUGAAUGGAUGGGUAAAUGGAUGGAAGGAAGGAUGGAGGGAGAGAUGAAUGAAGAAAGAAAUGGAUGAAGGAUAAAGGAAGAAGUGCAUGCAUGUGUGCGUGUAUGUGUGGGUAUAUGGAUAGAUGGAUGAAUAAAUGAAUAGAUGGAUAUAUAGACGGAUACACAAAUAGAUGAGUGAAUAGAUGGAGAGAUGGAGAGCUGGACAGAUGGAAAGGGACAGACAGAUGGACGGUUGGAUGGUCUGGCAUGGAAACAUUCUGCACCCGCCCUGUCACUUUUGUUUUUCAGGCCGACCUUCACUCCUCCUGCCCCUGUGUGCCUCGGUGUCCUUUCUGGGUGGCCUGACCUUUGGCUAUGAACUGGCAGUCAUAUCAGGUGCCCUGCUGCCGCUGCAGCUUGAUUUCGGGCUGAGCUGCUCACAGCAGGAGCUUCUGGUGGGCAGCCUGCUCCUGGGGGCUCUCCUUGCCUCCCUGGUAGGGGGCUGCCUCAUCGACCGCUAUGGCCGGAAGCAAGCCAUCCUCGGGAGCAACUUGGUGCUGUUGGCAGGCAGCCUGAGCCUGGGCCUGGCCAGCUCCCUGGCCUGGCUGCUCCUGGGCCGCUCGGUGGCUGGUUUUGCCAUCUCCCUCUCCUCCAUGGCCUGCUGCAUCCAUGUGUCUGAGCUGGCGGGCCCACGGCAGCGGGGAGUGUUGGUGGCCCUCUACGAGGCAGGCAUCACCGUGGGUGUCCUGCUCUCCUACGCGCUCAACUAUGCACUGGUCGGCACCCCCAGGGGAUGGAGGCACAUGUUUGGCUGGGCCGCUGCGCCCGCUCUCCUGCAGUCUCUCAGCCUCCUCUUCCUCCCUGCUGGUACAGUCGGGGCUGCAGCCCGCAAGGACCUCAUCCCGCUGCAGGGAGGCGAGGCCACAAAGCUGGACCUGGGGAGGCCGAGAUACGCCUUUGUGGACCUCUUCAGGGCCCGGGACAACAUGCGGGUCCGGACCGUCGUGGGGCUGGGGCUGGUGCUUUUCCAGCAGCUGACCGGGCAGCCCAACGUGCUCGCCUACGCCUCCACCAUCUUCCAGUCGGUUGGCUUCCAGGGAGGCUCCUCCGCUGUGCUGGCCUCCGUGGGGCUCGGUGCGGUGAAGGUGGCGGCUACCCUGAUGGCCAUGGGGCUGGUGGACCGAGCUGGCCGCAGGGCGCUGCUGCUCGCUGGCUGUGCCCUCAUGGCGCUGUCGGUCAGUGGCCUCGGCCUCGUCAGCUUUGCUGUGCCCCUGCACUCAGGCCCAGCUUGCCUGGCUGUGCCCAAUGCCACCAGGCUGUCAGGGCUCCCUGGAGACUCUGGCCUGCCCAGGGGCUUGGCUCCACCGCUGCCACCCACGACUGACCAGAGCCCCAGGCAGCCAGUCUUGUCAACCUCUGAGAAGACCAGGCCUCCUCCCGGAGCCGAGGACCCUACAGCCCUAAGCCUCACUCCCCCUGCACGUCUUUCUCCCACCCCCGAGCACGCCCUGCUGCACUGGACUGCGCUGGUCUGCAUGAUGGUCUUUGUGAGCGCCUUCUCCAUUGGCUUUGGACCCGUGACCUGGCUUGUCCUCAGCGAGAUUUACCCCAUGGAGAUCCGAGGGAGGGCCUUUGCCUUCUGCAACAGCUUCAACUGGGCCGCCAACCUCUUCAUCAGCCUCUCCUUCCUCGACCUCAUCGGUGCCAUUGGCUUGUCUUGGACCUUCCUGCUCUACGGUCUGACUGCUGUCUUCGGCCUGGGCUUCAUCUAUUUAUUUGUCCCAGAAACAAAAGGCCAGUCAUUGGCAGACAUAGACCAGCAAUUCCAGAAGAAAUGGUUCCCCCUGAGCUUUGGCCACAGGCAGAGCUCAGCUGGCGUCCAGUACAGUCGUAUCGAGGUCUCUGCAGCCUCCUGAGGGGGUCCAUCUGGAAGGUGCUGGAACCAUGGCUCUAGUCUUCAGCUUCUUGCUUGCCUGGGCCCCAGAACACAAGUGCUAGAUGGCCCUUCAAGACUCGCCCCUGCUCCAGAAGAGGUCUGUUUUGCUGGGGGAAAAGGGAUGAAAGUCUGAGAGCUGCAGUCUUCAUUUUGAGUCUCAGGCUCAGAGGGUUCCUGAGGCUCUGCCUUCAUGCCUCAGUUUCCCCACUGACUCCGCACAUCUCUGCAGUAAUGCCAUGAUGAGAGCAUCUCACAGUGACUCUGCUGCUCUGUGGGCUUUCUCAAAGAAUCUCAAAUGUACCACCCUGGCAGGAAGUCACUCCUGGAAUCACCCUUAAAUCCAGCAAAGGAUACCAUAUUAUCUGCUCUCUUUCUCCAUCUGGCUGGGACUUUUGGGGGGGAACACCUGCUUUUUGGUAUUCAGAUCUCAUUUUGUUCAACCCCUCCAAUUCCCUUGCCCAGAACACUUGUCAUUCACCAGCGACUCAGAUGGUUGGUAGGAGGCUUGAAUUCUAGCCCUGACUGAAGGUGUUCUUGCUGUCUGACUGUGGGCCUCAGCUUCCCUUGUGUGUACAAUGGGGGAUCUGAACCAGGUGGUUCUUAAGAUAUCUUCAGAAGCCAAUGAGUCAGAAUUUUAAAGGCUGGCAGUACCACAGAUAAUCAGCAUCGGCCCUGCUUUCAAGUUGCUCUCAUCCCUUUAGGGGAGAUAAGUUUUAAUUAGGGGAAAGGUGAAGAAUUCCAGAGUUGUGUGCCCUAAAAUCCAAGGGCCAUCACAAUGCGGGUCAUGCGCUCCAAGAGCAGUUUCCAGGAUGGCACAGGAGGACUUUGCGGAAAGGAGAUAGGUCUGAAAGCUAACAAACCCGGUUGUUGGUGUGGCCUCCACCUCUUGGCAGCUACUGACCUUGAAUAAAUAACAACUCCCUCAAGCCUCCAUUUCCACCUCUGUAGAAUGGAGUUGACUUUCCCCCUAAGAGUGUAUUUAAUCUCUGUCUCCCAUCAGGAGUGUCUUCAACUAGUCCCAUUCAGCUGGUCAGGGUGAAUGGGAUUUCUCUUUACCCUCAAUACCUAGGUCCCUACCUUUGGGACAUUGUAAAGGGUCACUCCCCACUGCCCCAGGCCACAAGGGUUGAGUCUAAUGGAGACAGAGCAAAUAGCUCCACCCCACAGGACUCUGGCCCCUCUUGAGUCCUCCUCUCCUCCCAUUUCUAGAUGGUUCCUUUAGAGCACUGGAGCUGACUUAUGCUGGCUUGUGAAAGCCGACUGUUAAAUUUUCAGACUCUUGCAAGCUCAUUAUUAAACACAGUUGCUAAAAAAUUAAAUUAUUUAAAUUUAUACUUAAAUAAAUUAUCUUAAAAACCAAGGUAAUUAUACUCUAAGCUCAUCACUUCCUCAUUUUACUGCAUUUUGCUUUUGUCUGUGCUCUUAAGGUGAAUUACAGCUAUUGUAUCACAAGAGGAGCAUGGGGAAGGGGCACUGCCCACCCCUUGCCGAUUCUGCAUUCAGUGAUGUCAUGCUGGUCACUUGAAACAUCCGCAAGGAGUGUCUUUGCAUCAGAGAGACUGAAGAACACGACAGAUCAGGGCUUGAUGUAUUGUUUUGUUGAUUUUCCAGUCUCAACAAUGUGAUUGAUAAGAUGUUAAUAAUGUAAAUUAAACUUAACACUUUGUUGUGUC